AUGUCAUGUAUUGAAUUUGUUGAAAAUUAUGGUCCGAAUAUUCUUGUGAUUGCCAAAUCUGCAAUUAUCGGUAGCAGUGUUGGCAUUGGACAUAUGUCCAAUAAUUUAAAGAUAUAUUGGACAUAUAAAAUUUUAUAUGUCCAAUCGUUUUCAAAAUCAUUGGACAUAUGUCCAAUGCCAACUCU